AUGGGUGCCCCCGUCAGCACCAUGGACAGGGACAGGGGCGCCACCACCCGCUCCCGGCGCGCCGCCACAGGUCCCAUAGGCGCUCCCAUAGGUGCCACCACCACCCCUACGGACCCCGUGGAACCUUCUGGAGACGCCACCACGAGCGCUGCCGAUGCCCCCAUGGGCCCUAUGGACGCAUCCGGAGGUGCCGCCAGCUCCAGAGCGCGUAGGGGCACCUCCAAGGCAUCAAGGGGUGCCUGCAGAACCCCUAAGGGUGCCCCUAAAGCACCCAGAGGCACCGAUCCCACCCCUGUGGACCCCAUCGACCCAACCGCGAUCCCUAUGGAUGCAUCCGGAGGUGCCGCCGCCGUUGCGGAUGCCCCUGAAGCACCCAAAGGCACCUCCAGAGCAUCAAGAGGCGCCUCCAAAGCACCCAAAGGCACCAAACCCACCUCCGUAGACCCCAUUGCCCCAACCGAAGACGCCCCCAUGAGCCCUAUGGAUGCAUCUGGAGGUGCCGCCGCCGUUGUGGGUGCCCUUGCAGCACCCAAAGGCACCUCCAAAGCAGCAAGAGGCGCCUCCAGAGCGCCCAGAGCCACCCCUAUGGACCCAACCGCGAUCCCCGUGGAUGCCUCUGGAGGUGCCGCCACCAUCGCGGAUGCCCUCGCAGGACCCAAAGGCACCCCCAGAGCAUCGAGAGGCCCCAAACCCAGCCCUGCGGCCCCCGCCGACCCAACCACGCUCCCCGUGGAAGCCCCCGGAGACGCCGCCUCCGUCGCAGCCGCCCCCGGGGGCCCCAACCCCUCCUCUCGGUCCCCCGCCGCGCGCCGCCCGGCGCCGCCGUUCCCGUGCCCAUCCUGCCCCAAGGCCUACGGCUCCCAGUCCAAGCUCGCCAUCCACCAGCGCGCCCACACGGGCGAGCGCCCCUUCGCCUGCCCCGACUGCCCCAAGGCCUUCGCCGACCCCUCGGUGUUCCGCAAGCACCGGCGCGGCCACGCGGGGCUGCGGCCCCACGGCUGCCCCCUGUGCCCCAAGGCGUACGCCGAGCGCAAGGACCUGCGCAACCACCAGCGCGUGCACACCGGGGAGCGCCCCUUCCUCUGCCCCCACUGCGGGAAGAGCUUCGGCCGCGCCUCGUCGCUCGCCUGCCACCAGCGCAUCCACGCGCCCCACAAGCCCUACGGCUGCCGCGAGUGCGGCAAGGCCUUCACGCAGCUCUCGUCCUACCAGAGCCACCGCCGCGUGCACACCGGGGAGCGCCCCUUCCUCUGCCCCCAGUGCGGCCGCACCUUCGCCGACCCCUCCAGCUACCGGCGGCACCAGCGCGGGCACAGCGGGCUCAAGCCCUACGGGUGCCACGAGUGCGGCAAAGCCUUCCGGCAGCCCGCGGACCUGGCCCUGCACCGCCGCACCCACACCGGCGACCGGCCCCACAAGUGCGCCGACUGCGGGAAGGGCUUCGUGGCCUCCUGGGACCUCAAGAGGCACCGGCUCAGCCACAGCGGCGACCGGCCCCACAAGUGCGGCGAGUGCGGGAAGGGCUUCGGGGAGCGGGGGGCGCUGGGCAAGCACCGCAGGACCCACUCCGGGGAGCGGCCCCACAAGUGUGGGGAGUGCGGGAAGGGCUUCGGGGGGGUCUCGGCGCUCCGGAAGCACGAGAGGACGCACGGCAAGGGCGCCGAGGGCGGCCAUGGGGCGGCAGCGGUGGGGGGCAAUGUGGGAGCCGUGCAUAGGGUCAGUGUGGGCGCCAUGGAUGGGGGCAACGUGGGCGCCGUGGAUGGAUGGGGGCAACGUGGGCGCCGUGGAUGGACUCAACGUGGGCGCCAUGGAUGGACUCAACGUGGGCGCCAUGGAUGGACUCAACGUGGGCACCAUCCAUAG